GGAUUCUUGUGAACCAUAGAAUCUGUAGUAUUUGUUCGCAUCUAAAUUGCUAUGUUUCCACACAAAAUUUUCUAUGUUCCUGUCAUUUCGAAGAAUGAAAGUAAUCUUCAUAAUGUUUCCACAACUCACAAUCAGACCAGCUUGCGUCCUAUCCUUCCACGUCCAGCACCUACCCAGCUUUUGAUUCAAUCUCGCGAACCUCUUUAUGAGCAAAAAGUAAUGCCAGCAAAUCACCUUUUGAUGCAACCUUCAGGUUCUCAGAGUCUUCUUGUUGAAACAAAAGUGCCAGUGCUUCUUUCGCAAGCGCCACAUUCGGAUAGGCUUCUUGCACAGAAUUCUGAGUCUUCCACACGUUCGACAUCAAGAUCAUCACCAACUAAUUUCACCUUCGCAAGUCCAGUGCCAGCAGAACUCUCUUUUAAGGCAGUCUCCAAGCCCACAGCUGAAUCUUCUCCUCAUUGCGAUAAUUUUCCCUCCCAAUCCACAGCUCCUCCUUCGUCUCUUCCUUGCAGCAGUUUUUCCUCCCAAUCCAUAGCUCCUUCUUCGUCUCUUCCUUGCAGCAAUUUCUCCUCCCCAUUCACAGCUUCUUCAUCUCCUCCCUGCAACAGUUUUUUCUCCCAAUCCACUGAUCCUUCAUCUCCUCCUUGCAGAGAGUUUUCAGGCAGAAAAACCUAUUUAGGAGAACGACAGGAACCUCUGAUUGCUAUACAUUUGCAUUUCACAAAAAUACGUCGCUUUUCAAGGUUUUCAAAUGCCUUUAUUGUCGUAAAGAAGGCUGUCACAUUCAAAUAUAUGUGAUCGAUGACGAAUUUCAAGAGGAUCCCUGCCUGCUGCCACACAAAUGCACCCCUAAAAACUACAACAAGAAUUACGUGGAACGCUCUAUGUACGAAAACUGCCAGAAAAUCCGAAGUGACCCUGAUUUCUUAUAUUCGUCUCUUGAUCUACACUCUACAUAGAUAACCUGUGGCUGUGGUUGGCAGCACUCAGAUUCACUUCGAAGCUGUAUAUCCAUUUGCUUACAAUCUUUCAUGAUACUAUGUCGUGAUGUGCAUUAUAAAAAUGUUCUCCCCUUUGAUAAACUAGAACCCACGUUUCUUCUGUGGAAUAAAGGUUCCGAACACA